AUGUCCCGAAGCGACGACGACGCGCGGAGCGCGCCGACGUGCGCGGUGUGCUACGACGACGUCGACGACGCGUCGCUCGCGCGAUUGCCGUGCUGCGGCGCGCGCGCGCGCGCGUCGACGACGCAGUUUUGCGCGAAAUGCGUCGAGAUUUUGAUUCAGACGGGGGACGGCGUCGCCGCGUGUCCGCGGUGUCGCGCGGCGAUCGCGCGCGUCGAUGGGGCGUUCGUCGCGGCGCCGCUUCGGCGGUGCGCGGUGUGCCGGCAGGCGAGGGCGACGGGAGAGACGUGCGAGGCGUGCGCGCUCGGCGGACGCGCGGCGCUGCGAUAUCGUUGCGAGCGGUGCGGCGGCGCGCAGCGCAUACCGCACCCGAUGUGGCGGUACAUGGCGUCGCCGACGUCCUUGUCGAGCGCGACGUGGGCGUGUCACGGGGCGUGCGGGGAUUACACGCGGUGGAGGAUCGAUUCGCGGGACGCGGCGAGCGUGCCGGCGAGCGACGCGCCGGCGAGUUGGGGAUCGAGCGAGGCGUGGCUCGCCGCGGCGCGGGAGGCGGUCGAACGCGCGCGGGCGAGCGAGGCGCGGUUAGAGGGGGCGCGGACGACGCGCGUGGGGGAUGGGGUGAAGGCGGCGGUGAUGGUGGCGCUGUGGGCGGCGGCGGCGGCGAUGAUGGCGUUCGCCGACGGACCGUUCGUUGAAGAAGGCGGCGGCGGCGGCGACGCGCGGUCGUCGUCGUCGUCCUUCUUUUCGUCGUCGUCGCUCUCGUCGUCGUCGUCGUCGGGUGGCGCGUUGCGACGCGCGAUUUCUAGAUCGUUCGGCUCGUCGGUGGGGGGCGCCAACGUUAGUCGAGCGGACGCCGCCGCGUGA